CGAAAAGAUUUGAGGCAAUCCGAAAUCCAAAUCCCACGUGGUUUCACUGGCGGGAAAGCAGACCCGGGCUUUGUGCGAAAAUCAUGGACCCACCAACUGACAUCGAUCAACGACAGCGAGAAAUUCAACGUGAAUACUUGGACUUCCUUGAUGAUGGGAAUGACCAGGGAAUUUAUGUGCAGAAAGUGCGGGACAUGAUAGCCAACAAUGAAGUUCGGCUUAUCGUAAACAUCAAUGACCUUCGCAGGAAAAACCCAACCAGAGCUGCUUCGUUGCUGAAAGAGGCGUUCACAGAACUGAUAGCACUGCAGAGAGCACUGAAGGAGUUUGUGGCCUCGGCUGACCCUAUCUACAGCAAGCAGUAUGAGGAAUUCUUUGUGGGAUUUGUUGGAAGUUUUGGAGCAAAGCAUGUUUCACCAAGGACACUCACAUCCAGAUACCUGGGCAACCUUGUGUGUGUGGAGGGCAUUGUCACAAAAUGUUCGUUGAUCCGACCAAAGAUGGUGCGUAGUGUCCACUACUGCCCAGCUACUACAAAAACCAUGGAGAGAAAAUAUACAGACAUGACCUCACUAGAUGCCUUCCCAUCCAGUGCAGCAUACCCGACCAAGGAUGAAGAUGGUAACCUUCUGGAGACAGAGUAUGGCCUGUCCACGUACAAGGACCACCAGACAUUCUCUAUACAGGAGAUGCCUGAGAAAGCCCCCGCUGGACAGCUGCCUCGAUCAGUAGACAUUAUAGCUGAUAACGACCUAGUGGACAUGUGCAAGCCUGGAGACAGAGCACAAGUGAUUGGUACAUUCCGAUGUCUCCCUGGAAAGAAGAAUGGCUACACAUCUGGCACUUUCAGAACAAUUUUGCUUGCUAAUAACAUCCAACAGAUGAGCAAAGAAGUUUCACCAACAUUCUCGGCAGACGAUGUCGCAAAGAUCAAGAAAUUUAGCAGACAGAAGGGUACAGAUGUGUUUGACGUCCUGGGUCGCUCUCUCGCACCUUCUAUACACGGACAUGAGUACAUUAAGAAGGCUGUGUUGUGUAUGUUACUGGGAGGGACAGAGAAAGUGCUGGCAAACGGGACAAGAUUGAGGGGAGAUAUAAACGUCCUGCUGAUUGGUGACCCCUCUGUAGCCAAGUCUCAGAUGUUGAGGUACGUGUUGCACACAGCUCCACGAGCAGUCACUACAACUGGUCGAGGUUCCUCUGGUGUUGGUCUCACUGCAGCUGUCACAACUGACCAGGAGACAGGUGAGCGGCGUCUUGAGGCUGGAGCCAUGGUUUUAGCUGACCGAGGUGUUGUGUGUAUUGAUGAGUUUGACAAGAUGUCUGACCUUGAUCGUACAGCCAUCCAUGAGGUGAUGGAACAGGGCAGGGUUACCAUUGCCAAGGCUGGUAUUCACGCCAAACUGAAUGCCAGAUGUAGUGUGUUAGCUGCUGCAAAUCCUGUUUAUGGACGGUAUGACCAGUUUAAGACCCCAAUGGAGAAUAUUGGACUUCAGGACUCCCUGCUGUCACGUUUUGAUCUGAUUUUCAUUGUUCUGGACAAGAUGGACCCAGAGCUGGACAGGAACAUUGCUGAUUUUGUACUCAGAAUGCACAGAUAUAGAGGAGCUACAGAGCAGGAUGGAGAUGUUUUACCCCUGGGUACCGGUGUUGAUAUGCUGGCCACAACAGACCCAGACUUUGAAGGGGACGAUGAUACCGAGACGCCCGUGUACGAGAAACACAACAAGAUGCUUCAUGGACCGGCCAAGACAAAACAGCAGAUAGUUAGCAUGCAGUUUAUGAGGAAGUACAUCCAUGUAGCGAAGGCCCUGCGUCCUACACUGACCCAGCAGGCUGCUACAGUGCUAUCAGAGGAGUACUCCAAACUUCGCAGUCAUGAUUCCAUGUCACAGGAUAAUGUGGCUAGGACGACCCCAGUGACAGCCCGUACCUUGGAGACCAUGAUCCGUCUGGCCACCGCCCACGCUAAGUGUCGCCUGUCAAAGACUGUGGACCUGAAGGAUGCUGAAGCGGCUGUUGAGCUCAUUGAAUAUGCUUACUUUAAAAAGGUUGAGAAGAAGCAGAAGAAGCGCCGCCAUAGUGACGGUGAGGAUACUGGAGAGAGUAGCCAGGAGGAGGAGGAAUCCUCGCAGAAAGACAAACCUAAGAAGAAAAAACGUGAGGUCCGGGAGAGACGUCCAGCCAGGAAGGAAGGGGAGGAGGGAUAUGAUCCCUACGACUUUGAUGAAGAUGAGGCUGCUUCAGCUGAUGAAGGGCAAACUGAUAAGCCAAGAAGGAAGCCUCGCUCCCAGGAGACAGAGGCCAUGGAUACAGAGUCUGGGGCUGGUGGCACCAAGGGAGUUGAUGAUGCCAAACUGAAGACAUUCCGGGCCAAGCUGUUUGACCUGUUCAAGAAUGAGCACGCCCAGUCAGUUUCCUUGGAGAAGGUGAAAGGUCACAUGGGCUCUGGCUUUUCCGAGGAUGAGGUGUUUGGUGCUAUUGAGAGAAUGAUGGACGCUAACCAGGUCAUGUUGGCAGAUGAUGUGGUUUUCCUCAUCUGAGAAAAAAACACUUGGAUCAAGAUUCUAAUUUCUGCUGACUAAAUGUGGAAUUUCAGAUCAGUGACGUUUAUAGGCUCAUUUUUGCUGAUGAUGUGGUUAACCUUAAACCAGAAAAAAAUUGUACUAACAUAAAACAAUUAAUCUGGAUGUUGAUGUGCAUUUUUGGAUCAGAGUUCUUUGAAGAUUAAAGAAAUUGACUUUUGUAAAAAGCCCAUAAAAUUGGAUGCAUUUUGCAAAAAUGUGGGAGUGUAAUCGGGCUUUCCAGUGUUCACUCUCUUCCUUGUAUAUGUUCACUGGUAUUAAUUUAUCAGUGUUAUGGGAUAGAAAUAAUCAUGAUUCAAUUCAAAUAAUGUUCUGUUAGGGUUGACGAAAAGUGGUCAUCGCCUUCAUUUUCAUGCAAAUUGUUAAUUGUAAUGUAAAUCGAUCCUGUGUAUAAUCCUGAUUUUGGAACAAAUGUGAUAAUAUAAGUUGAAAUCAUGAAUAUUGUAGUUUGCAUCUUGCAAUAUUUUGUAUGUCUGUUUUGUAUAGAAUUUCAUCAAGAUUUUCAUCAUGGUCAUUAAUCAUAUUAUGGUUUUUGGGACUGCAAUAGAUAUUUUCACAAACAUGCUAUAUAUUCAUUUCAUAACAGGUGGCAAUUAUAUUAAUUUAAUAGCCAUAAAAUAUUUGUAUUUAUUUAUUAUAAAAGGGUUGACCUAUUGCAAAAUGCUGUUUUUCAAUAAAAUCAGGAUUCAAAUUUUUAUCUUGAACGAUCUUGUUAAAUUAUUGUGGAAUUUUUAAAUUGUCAUGUGCCAAUGUUAUCACUAGAAUGUGUUCAAAUUUGAUAUUAAUUUCAAAUAUCUGAAUGUAAAAAAAUAAUAUUUGUAUAAAUAAACUUCACAAUAUCUU